GCCAGUGUGCGUCCAGCAGAGCUCGCGGCGCCGCACACAUGCAGCACUGGGCCAGAAUGGUCUACCUCAACUACUACCGAAAGCGAGACAUGGAAAAGCAGAGGGAAAUUUUAAUGAUAAAGGAAAUUGAAUGCAGCAAAAUAAAUGCAUCGAAUACACCAGGAUCAUGUGAACCAGUAUGGGAUACAAUUUCAUGCUGGCCAGAGACAGAACCUGGACAAUACCGGAUUCUACCAUGUGCAGACUACUUUCUAGGUUUUGAUCCUAUGAAAAAUGCGACAAAGUACUGUUACGAGAAUGGCACGUGGGAGCAUUGGAGCAACUACUCACAGUGUUCUGAUGGCGCGUACACCACAGUAACUGAACAGUUUGAUGAAACCCUUAAUGAUUCUUCAGUUGAGACAUAUGUGCAACUUUCAACAGACAUUUCCAAAGCAGGCUACAGUAUUUCAAUGGUAUCACUUAUUUUUGCAUUCACCAUUUUGGCAUCUGUCAGGACAUUGUGGUGCCCUCGAAAUAUUUUGCACAUGAACUUGUUUCUUUCAUUUAUUUUGAGAGCAUUUGUUUCACUACUUAAAGAGAGUAUUUUUGUUCUUUCUAUUGGUCUCCCAAGCAAUGUAGUAGAGAAAGGUGGUAUAUAUUUCUUCAAAGAACAACCUGAGAGAACUGUAUGGGACUGCAAAUUAGUAAUCAGUAUUUGGCAAUAUUUCAUCCUAGCUAAUUAUAGUUGGAUAUUGAUGGAAGCCCUCUACCUUCAUAAUCUUGUUUUCAAUGCUCUUUUUUCGGACAGAAGCAGUGUGAUACUCUACAUCAUUUUAGGUUGGGGAUUGCCUUUGUUGUUUCUUAUUCCAUGGAUUAUAUGCCGUAUUUUCUUAGAAGAUGACUUGUGUUGGACUUUAAAUUUAAAUAAACAUAUAUUUGCAAUUAUAUAUGUUCCUGUGGCUGCCUCGAAUAUUAUAUGUUUCAUAUUAUUCAUUAGGCUUGUCAGAGUUAUCUUCACAAAACUGCAAUCAUCAGUAUGUGAGCAGACACAAAUCUACAGACGCCUGGCAAAAUCAACACUAACACUUAUACCAUUGUUUGGAGUGCACUAUGUAGUAUUUCUGGCAUUUGAAAAUUCAAAAAUUGGGAUCCGAGCAGAAAUGGUGGUCCUCAUUACUAGCAGUCUAUUUGAUUCUUUCCAGGGCUUCCUUGUGGCACUUCUUUAUUGUUUCUUGAAUUCAGAGGUCAGGACAGAGCUAAAUAAGACACCUUUUCAGUGGCCCCAAAGAAGAAGAAGGAACACCGAUGCUAGUGAUGGAAAAGCAUUCCUAUCAGUCUCAGGUGCAGGCACUGCAGACAAGAAAAAAUAAUUUUAAAGCUACUAAAUCAUAAAUUUAAAAAGUUACUGUAAAAAUGACUUCCUGACUGAAUUAGAAAUUUGUUACCCCUUAAUUUAUUCAAUUUAAUCUAGCAUUUUGCAACAAUAAAAGCAUGUGAAUGUCUGUACUCAUAAUGAAAGGUGAUAUAUGGACUGAAAGAGGUGUUUAACUUGUGAAAAAUUGUGUACAUGAAACUUCCUGAUAGAUUGAAACUGUGUGCCGGAUCAAGACUGGGAACGUGGGAAGUGCUCUACCAGGAGAGCUUCUGUGAAGUUUGGAAGGUAGGAGACGAGUUACUGGCAGACAUAAAGCUGUAAUGACAGGUCAUGAGUUGUGCUUGGGUAGCUUAGUUGGUAGAGCACUUGCCCGUGAAAGGCAAACUUCCUGAGUUCAAGUCUUGGUCCAGCUCACAGUUUUAAUCUACCAGGAAGUUUCAUAUCAGCUCACACUCUGGUGCAGAGUGAAAAUUUAAUUCUGGAAUUGUGUACUUGCUUAACUGAAUGCUUAAAGUUGCAUAAUCUAAAAUAGAUCUCUUACGGUAAUACUCCAUUAGAAUUUAUCUCCAUCUACAUAAACAAUGUAUCAUCAUCAUCUCUCUUAAAUCAUGUAAUACAUUAAAAUUAAUGACAAAGA